AAUAAAAUUCUUGUCAUGGACGAAGCAACAUCCAAUAUUGAUAAAAGCACUGAUUCCUGCAUACAAAAAAUAAUUCGAGAAAAAUUCAAAUCUUGUACAGUGUUGACAAUAGCCCAUAGAUUACAUACGAUUAUUGAUUCGGAUAAAGUUCUGGUUCUAGAUACAGGGAAAUUACAACAAUUUGACACACCAUACGCACUACUGAAAAAUGUGAAUGGAACUUUUUAUAAUUUGGUGAAGAACACAGGAGUAACUUCCAUGAACGAGCUAUACAAAAUUGCUAAAAAUAAAUAUUAUUUUAAAGAAUUCACCGAAAGAACAAAAUUAUAAAACAGUGGAUCUUCUUUGAUUCAUGUGUACUUUUUGUUGAAUUCGUGUUCUGUAUUUUAUUUAAUAUUCUGUACUCAGAAACAAGUGGUAUUUGCAUCUGUGACGUAGAACAUGGAUUUUUUAAAAUCUAAAACAUUGGAUAGCAUUUGUUCUGCUGUUAAAUUUAUAUACAUGAAAUGUAAUAAGAAGAUUUAAUGUUUCUAACAAAUAGGUUUUAAAAGAAAACUAUUGUUAAAUGAUUUAUUUCCCGAAUAAAACACGAAAUUUCAAAGAAUUUAAGAAUGGAAAAUUGCGUUAUUGCAAUAUUUAAAAAAAAUUUGUUCACAAAUUUCAUCAUAAACACUUAAAUGAAGAGCAUACUUUUAGUACUAAAUAUGUAUUGUGUAGAAACAAAUUUUAUGGUAA